GAUAAUGAACUUCGAAUGGAAGUGCGUGGGUAACAAAGCUGAAAUACAACAAAAUGGCAACAAUUCCAGGCGGAGGUACUAUAAUGGACCCAAUGCACCUUUAUCGUGCAAGAAGGGAUAAGGAAAGAAGAGGCGUCUUGAAGACAUAUAAGAUUCUGGGAUUCAUAUCUUCCGGAACUUAUGGAAGAGUCUACAAAGCUGUGCUCCUCCCACCACCCAAAACAGCCUCUGCCAAAAGCGCCUUGCCCAGUUCGACUCGAGCAGCCUUAUCAUUACCUAAAGACAAAUUACCAUCGCCUAGCUUCACCGAAGACAGCGACCCUCUCAAUAAUCCUGAAAUGUGUAUGCGCCCAGGCGACCGUCCCGCCAAAAGGGGUGACGUUUUCGCGAUAAAGAAGUUCAAGCCUGAUAAGGAAGGCGAUGUGUUGACCUACGCCGGUAUCAGUCAAAGUGGAGCGAGAGAAAUUAUGCUCAAUCGUGAACUCCACCAUCGCAAUCUGGUGUCGCUGCGCGAGGUCAUAUUAGAAGACAAGUCCAUUUAUAUGGUUUUUGAGUAUGCUGAACAUGAUUUCCUACAAAUCAUUCACUACCAUUCUCAAACUGCUCGAGCUUCUAUUCCACCUUCCACACUUCGCCGCCUUCUUCACCAGCUUCUCUGCGGAGUGCAUUUUCUUCACUCUAAUUUUGUCCUGCACCGUGAUCUCAAGCCGGCUAACAUUUUGGUUACCAGUCAAGGCGUCGUUAAAAUAGGUGAUCUCGGGUUGGCACGACUGUGGCAUAAACCAUUAGCGCAACAAGGUCUUUAUGGUGGUGAUAAGGUUGUGGUUACUAUCUGGUACAGAGCGCCAGAGUUAAUAUUGGGAGCCAAGCACUACACUGCCGCUGUCGAUAUAUGGGCGGUAGGUUGUAUCUACGCGGAGCUGCUCUCUCUUCGCCCUAUCUUCAAAGGCGACGAGGCUAAAAUGGACGGCAAGAAGUCUUUACCAUUCCAGCGCGACCAGAUGGGCAAAAUCUGUGAAGUACUUGGUCCUGUCAAGCCGGAACAAUGGCCAGGUAUAGUUCACAUGCCUGAAUACCGUACUUAUCAAGCCACGGGUCCUUAUCCCCACUCCAACCCUCUUGCACCAUGGUAUCAUGCCCGCUCAAACUCGUCUGAGGGGUACGAUAUUCUCGUCAAGAUGUUCGAAUGGGACCCAGCUCGUAGGAUAACGGCAAGGGAUGCGUUGAGGCAUCCUUGGUUCCAGGAAGAAGGGGGAGUCGAUACGAAGAGUGUGUUCGAAGGCAGCUCGAUCACAUAUCCCACAAGAAGGGUGACGCACGAGGAUAACGGUGAUGCUAAGAUGGGAUCUCUACCUCAAUCCAUGGCCGGAGGCAGGCUGCCAUCAAGUAGCAAUUUUAGGCCCGCUAGCGGCAAUAUUGUUCAACCGGCGGCUAGGAAGAAGGCGAGAAUUUAACGUUCAACCACGUCGGCUUUGAGCGUCACCCUUUCGUGCAAAUGCUGUAACGUUUGCGCCCGAUGUAGCGAAAAAUGUUGUUCAGCUAUUUUUUGAGUAUUUGUCCCAUUUGCGCAUUUCUCAUUAUAUAUGAACAGAUUAUACAUUAGAUGAUUAUUACGCAUGUAUACGUGACUCAAUGCUGUGGAGCAUGCAGCAGUAGCCAGAGCUUUUAUGGGACAAUGAAGUAAUGGUAUAAUUUAAGAUCCGAUUUGUAGAUUGUUUACUUGUGAAGUAAAUAUGGAAAAUGAAGCAGAGGAAAAAUUUAAAUAAAUG